AUGGCCGCUACAGCAGCAGCAGCAGGAGCGGAUUUCCAUUAUGGCAAUGCCGCGGGCGGUGGGGUUGGAUAUAAUGGAGCGGGUGGACCACCGGGAGCUUUUCCUGGUGGUUAUGGUGGCGCUCCAGGAGGUUAUGGAGGAUAUGGUGCUCCAGGUUAUGGAGGUUAUGGCGGUUACGGUUACAUGGAUACUCAAAGUCCACUUGAUGCGGAAAUCCAGGUCGUAAUUCGCGAAAUACAUAAUGAGCAACAACUGAUGGAGCAGGGUGGUGAGUGGGGCGAACAGUUCAAAAAUGCAAAACGAUUGUUAGCUGCUGAAGCAGAUAAGUUAGAAAAUUCCAUUGAUCCAGAAUGGCUCGAAGUUGACAUCGCCAAACCAAUUAAAGUCUCCAAAAAGGUUCUGAUUCCCAACUUCAGGCACCCACAUUUCAAUUUUGUUGGUAAAAUUUUGGGACCAAAAGGAGCAACGUUGCAGGCUAUGGCGAAACAGUUUAAAUGUCACAUUUAUGUGCUUGGUCGUGGUUCUACUAAAGAUCGCGCCAAGGAACAAGAACUCCUGCAGAGUGGAGAUCCGCAGUAUGCCCAUUAUGGUGGACCACUUCAUGUAAAAGUAGAAACCAUUGCACCAGCACAUGUUGCAUAUCAGCGAAUAGCAGGCGUUUUAGAGCAGCUUUCCACCACUUUGCAACCAACACGAGACGAAACUUUUGACAAAAUGAGUAAUCAAGGCGGAGGAGCAGGCGAUGGUGGUGAAAAAGCAGAUGGUGGAGAAGAUGCAGGUGACGAUCAACCAGGUGGAGGAGCAAUGCGAGGAGGAAGAGGAGGUUUUCGUGGUGGCCGAGGUGGAGAACGUGGUGGUUUCCGGGGACGUGGUGGUGAUCGAGGAGGAAUGCAACGUGGCGCUUACAGAGGCGUGCGAGGAGCUGGUGAUCGUGGAGGAUAUCGCCCAUAUUGA